AUGUAAUUUAAUGGAUUUAUUUAACAAAAAGAAAACAGAAAUAGAAAUAAUAAUCCUCAUCCAAUAAAAAGAAAGAAACCCUAAAAUUAGAGAGUGGUUAAGCAAGAAAUCCGUAGAACCAAAAAACGCAAAAUCCCCAAAUUUAAAACCCUAAAAAUUUCAUUUCUUGAAAUCAAUCCCCAAAAAAUCCUAAUCCUAAUCCUUCUCUCUCUCUCUCUCGCUUUCUCUCUCUCGCUCUCCCUCUCUCCCUCUCUCUCUCUCUCCCCCGUGUCUUCAACCAUCAAUCAUGAGUCUGAAUUGCCUCUCAUGUCAACUCUUACAGAGAACCGAUUCCGAGAGACACCGUGACCGGCAGAUCCAAACUUACUAUACCUCCGAUGAGUUCGAUCCCUCGCAGAGAAGCUGGUCGGGGAACCUCUCUCUCCGUCAAAACAGAGGAGGAGUGUUUCGGGGCAUGGCGGACAACAAGGUGGCUCCGGUGUGUCACCGGCGUGCCGUAUCGUUCGGUGGGAAGGAGCCGAGAUUGGUUAGAAGCUCGGGGAUGAGGAGGGAUUGGAGCUUUGAGGAUCUCAGAACUAUUCGUGAGGAAAAGGAACCUUCCCCCAAUUCCUAACAUUUAACCUCUUCUUUUUUUAUUUUUAUUUUUUAUUUUUAAUCUUUAUUCCAAAUUUGUUUGAAUAUAUAUAUAUAUUAUUAUUAUAUAUAUAUUAUAUAUAUAUAAAUAAUAUAUAUAUAUAUAUAUAUAUCUAUAAAUAUUAUAAACUAGUGGGAAUGGGGAUUCCUUUCAAUCUUUGAAAAUAUUUGAAUUUUUAUCUUCUUUGUUCUAUUAUCAUUAUUAUUAAGAAUUCUUUUUACAUCAA